CAGCCCGAGAAAGCUCACAGCUGAGCUGACAAACUUGACAAUGGCUUUCAACAAAUUAUCCAUCAUUGUGCUACUUUUUUUGUGCAAGCUGAAUGUGGCACUCACAGAGAGCCCUGUGGUUUGCUACAGGAUCGAGCCGGGGACGAUAGCAGGCAUCGUCUGUGCAGACGUUGUUCUGACUCUCGUCAUUGUUGUUGUCACCUAUCGACUGGCAAGCUUUCGGCGCCAGAAGAUAGAAAAUGCUAACAAAGUGUACAUGAAUGUCCGAGCCAACUGCAAGAGCUAAUCUAACGAUGGUGCAGUACGUUAUGAAGUGAUGCUCAUUUUUUUAAUAUCCUGUUUUUUAAAAAAAGGAAAGAAAAGAAAAGAAAAGAAAUAUCACAAAAUGUUAUAUAAAAAAAACCUCAUUGAACUUUUAUGUUUCUUUUGCAGUAAACACAAACACAUUACAUUUCUAUUUAGUUAAUUUCAUACAGAGGUGGCAGAAGUAUUCAAUUCACUUACUCAAAUAAAGGUAGUAAUACUACAAUAAAAAAUACUCAGUUAUAUGUAAAAAACAAAAAAGGUCACUUAAUUAAAAGUAUUGGCAACAACUGUUGUAGAUGGUCAUAGUUUAGCUCAUUUUAACUACUUAACACAGUAGUUUUAUCUGUAACAAUGGAUUCUAUUUUAUAAACUCAUGUAUUAUACACUGUAAAAAAAAAUCUGUUUAAUUUACGGUAAAAUACCAGCAGCUGUGGUUGCCAGAACAUCACCGUAAAAAAUACAGUGGGCGUAUGUAAAUGUAAAUAUCAGCAAAAACUGUAAUUAAUACUGAAUAAUCCCAUUACUUUUAGGAUAAUUGUUUCA